CGCAUUCCGGCAUUGUUUUGUUAAUUGUUUGGAGUUUUCUGGUUUGCGUUGAGUUUUGAAAAAGGCUAUGAAUAAUGGUCAUAUAGUUCCUGUGCUAGAUUUUCGAUGAAGGAUUUGAAACUACUGCAAUUUAAUAAUACAUUGCAAGCAAGUGCAGCAAGUGCUAGUCGCCGAAUUAUAUGGUCAAGGGAUUACAUGAUAACUAAAAGAGGAUUUUAAUUUUUAAUUAUGGGUCGUAAAAUACCGGCAAAGAAACAUCGAGGAGUUAAAGAUCCUCUUGUGCAACAAGCUAAACGACUUGAAAGUUUAACAGGUAAAAUAAAUGCACCACCAAAAGACCCCGAUGAACAGCCUAUUCCGAAGUCACUCACGAGGCUUUUCGCAUUUCAGGAAAAAGAUAAACAGAAAGUAGCACGGAAAGCAAGAAAUUGUAUGAAACAUGAUAAAGUUGACAUAGGGAGCCCUAAAAAUGCAACUCCUAAUCCAAUAUCGCAAUUACGGAAGCUGCCCGGAGAGUCUGGACGUGGGUUCUCGCUGCGCAUCAAUAGUGCUGUCAGAGCUCUCCACAAUCCAUGUGAAGAUGUGGACUACCCAGUUGAUAUUGAAGCAGAAGAUGAAAAAGGCUUGCGAAUGGCAGAGCAGCGUGAGCGACGUGCCAGGAAACGUCGCAAGGCGGCCAAAGGUCUUAAAGGCGGCGGAGAUGAGGAACGUGAACCACAUCUAACAAGAACACAGAAACUCUCUCUAAAAAAAAAGGCUAGAAAAAUUAAAGAAGUUGAGGCAAAAAAUGAAAAGCAGGAAGUGGUGUAUGAAAAAGUGUCGUUCGGUGAAGUGUGCCACGCUCCGCCCAGCCUGCAGGCCAGAUCCAAGGGGAACGCCGGCGCCGCGCGGCCGGCGCGGCGCGGGCUGCUGUUGAGCACGCUGCUGGCGCCUGCGGAGCGGCAACGUCGCGACCACGCGCUGCUGCCGCCGGCGGAGCGGCAACGCCGCGAGCGGGCACGAGCUGACGCCGUGGCUGCCUACCGCGCUCUUAAAGCUAACAAAAUAAAUAAUAAAUAAACCAUAAAGAUAUUUAUUACUGGUUGUUUCCUCGUGAA